CCGCGUUAUUCUACCGAUAUUCUCAUACCGGUAACUGAAUGUUGAAACUGAUUAAAGAUCAGAAAAUGGAUGCUGCCCGAAGCUGCUGGUGUAACAGCCGAAAGUGAGCCGACGUGAAUAACAAGGAACCUUCGUGCGUAAUCAAUAUUUUCUCUACGGCCGAAAAUACGGUUACAACAAACGUUGAAAAGUGCCACUUUUGGGGGGGACAGUCUAGUCAUUUCGUAAUUGAUACGAGAAAAUGCUCAGAUUAUUCGAGCAUAGUUAACUUAUUAUCGUGUGUUUCAGUUUUUGAUAUUCACAAUACUUCCGGUGAGCUUGGUUACAGCUGUAAUGGGAGUGCACGGACUGUGGAGGCUGCUGGAGAGUACAGGGAAACCCAUCAACCCAGAGACCCUGGAGGGAAAGAUCCUUGCUGUUGACAUCAGCAUAUGGCUGAACCAGGCUGUGAAGGGCGUGAGGGACCGUGAAGGCAACAGUGUCCAGAACGCCCACCUCCUCACUCUCUUCCACCGCAUCUGUAAGCUGCUCUUCUUCCGCAUCCGGCCAGUGUUUGUGUUUGAUGGGGACGCACCUCUGCUGAAGAAGCAGACUCUGGCUCUGAGGAGGCAGAGGAAGGAGGAGUUGAGCCGAGAGUCCAAACAGACCAAUGAGAAACUCCUCAAGACAUUCCUGAAGAGACAAGCUAUCAAAGCUGCCCUUGGAGACUGCAGUCAGGAUCCUCUACCCAGCCUCUCCAGUGUGACGAGAAAUGAGGAAGACGACAUGUAUGUUCUACCAGCCCUGCCGCCUGCUGAGGAGAUGGACGAAAGCAGAUCAGGGGCCUGGGAAAGUUCGGGAGAAGAGGAGGAGAGAGAGUGGGCGGAGAUGGACAGUCAUCACAUGUAUCAGGGAGAACUGUAUGAAGACCCCAACUCAGUGGACAUCAACUCCGAGGAGUUUGCCAGCCUGCCUCCUGAAAUGAAACAUGAGAUACUCAAAGACAUGAAGGAGUUUUCCAAAAGACGCCGGACCAUUUACCACCAACCCCCAGAGCGCUCAGGAGACUUUUCGCAGUACCAGUUGGCCGGCCUGCUGCAGAGGAACAGCCUGAACCAACGUCUGGAGAGUGUGGAGAAAGAGAUGAGCCAGCGGAGCGCGGGCAGUGCUCCACAGCUCUACCAGCAGGACGGGGAGCAGCAGGAUCACAGCGUAGAGUCACAUCGACUGGUUUCAGAAGACCAUUCCCACUAUAUCCUUAUUAAAGGCUCCACAAAGAGUAAGGAAGCCCCCGAAAGCCAGCCUGCAGCUGCACCCUGGUCUGGGAGCUCCCUGUCAGGCUGGAAAAGACGAGCAGUGGACAGAGCCGAGCCCCUGUGGCGUCCUGUUUGUGAGGGAGAGGAGGAAGAGCUGGCUCCCUCCCCAGAAGGCUCCAAACCCUCAGCAUCAAAACCGUCUCAGGGAGAAACAUCACCACCCUCCCCUCGUACACUCAAGGCCAUCCAGGCUGCAAUGAACGACAGCUCAGAUGAGGAGAGGGUGGAUAUGGAUAAGAAGGACGGUAAUGUCUCCCCACGUACAAUACUGGCAAUCCAACAAGUUCUGACGGAGGAGGAAGAUGGUGCAGCUGAACGUAGGACCCCAAUGAGUAGCUCAUCCACCAAACUACAGGCGAAUAUUCAUCAUCCUGUGCCACAAGUGGUCAUGAGCAGCUCAGACGAAGAGACCGAACUUGAACAUGCAAAGUCUUUACCUAAUGAAAAAUCAGAUGUUAAGGGGAACUCAACAGGCCGAAGUCUACAUGUGAAAGAUAGUUUGUUUGUUAGUAGUUCUGAAGAUGAGAUGGAGGAAGUGAUUGGUCAGAGAAAUAAAGCUCUUCACCUUGCAGUGCUACAACAACCUCACGAGAGGAAGUCAGAAGAGGAGGCAAGGAAAGGAGAGUUGACAGAGGAUAUAGGGACAGGAAGUAGAGGGAACACAGAGAAACAGGAAGAGCAGAGCUGCAGAGAAUCAGAGCACGGAGUGUUAACAAAGAAAGCGGAUCUGGUCCAACCACAGGGUGCUGCUGCUGCUCCUAGUCAAAACACAUUAUCCAUCAAUCUCUCUGUUCAGGUAUGUGCAAAGCCUCUCAGUACAGAGACUGAAAUUCACCCCGUACUGUUAGAGCAGGGGAAUAACAAGUCCACUGACGCUCUAGAGGAAAGGACUGGAGAAGAUGUGAAGUCAGAGGUUGGUGAGGAGAGCGAGUCAGAAGAGAGCUUCAUUGAAGUCUCAGAAGAAGAAUUGCAAGAGGAGGAUGCAGAUGAUUCACUUGCAAUAAUUAGAGAGAGAGGGUCUCCAGCUGUCCACCAAGAUGGGACCGAGACAGAAGAAAAACCGGGGGAAAGUUUGACCGAGGCUCCAGGUGCUGCUCUGAAAUUAGAGGAAGAGCAAGACAAACAGAGAGAGAAUGAAGAAAAAGAGCUGAAGGAGGGAACCGAGACAGAGCAAAGCUCAACUCCUGCCGUCAGUGAAUGGGAACACUUGGAUGUGAAUGGGCUGGAGGCUCUGGAGAGCUCUCUGAAGGUGGAGCAGAGCAGCCUGAGAGAGCAGAAACAGCAGCAGGAGAGGAUGGCGAACACCGUCACUGGACAGAUGUACCUGGAGAGCCAGGAGCUGCUGCGGCUGUUUGGCGUGCCCUUCCUGGUUGCCCCGAUGGAGGCCGAGGCUCAGUGUGCAGCACUCGACCAUGCUGACCAGACUCACGGGACCAUCACGGACGACUCAGAUGUGUGGCUGUUCGGAGGGCGACACGUUUACAAAAACUUCUUCAGCCAGAACAAAUAUGUUGAACACUACCAGUACAGUGACCUGCAGAACCAACUGGGUCUGGACAGGACUAAACUGAUCAAUCUGGCUUACCUGCUUGGAAGUGACUACACGGAGGGUGUGCCAGGGGUCGGACAUGUGACUGGCAUGGAGAUACUGAAUGAGUUCCCAGGGCCUGGGUUGGAGCCACUAACACAGUUUGGUAAAUGGUGGUCAGAGGCUCAGGAGAAAAAGCGCCUGACGGCUGAUCCUCGGGACACGAAGGUGAAGAAGAAAUUGAGGGCACUAAAACUGCAGCCUGGGUUCCCCAACCCUGCGGUGGCUCAGGCUUACCUGCAACCCGCUGUGGACCAGUCAGACAGCUCCUUCAGCUGGGGACGCCCACAACUCGACAUGAUCAAAGAAUUCUGUCUGAAUCGUUUUGGCUGGAGCAGUCGGAAGACAGAGGAGACUAUUCAGCCUGUGAUCAAGCAGCUCAACACCCAGCAGACUCAGCUGCGGAUCGACUCAUUCUUCCGCAUGGAGCAGCAGGAAAAGCAGGCGAUCCGAAGCCAGCGACUCCGCCGAGCAGUCACCUGCUUGAAAAGAAAGGAGAGAGAGGGAGGGGAGGAAGACAGUGAGGAGGAAGCCCAUUCCCCAGUCAAAUCUAAGAGAGGGAAGGCAGCAAGCAAGAAUCCGAAGAAAGGAGAAGGGGAGAAAGAGGAGGAGAGGUCUGGGGCAGCGGGAGGGUUUCUGGGGUCAGAGGUGACUGUUGAAUCUCCGCUCAUAUCUCUCAAGGAGGUGAGCAGCACCAGCCAGAAGUCCCUCUCAGUAGAGGCUGUCCCUCAGUCUACUAAGACUCCACCUCAGAGGGUCAGGAGCAGCAGCAGCAGCAGCAGCUCUGGUGAGGACAGCAAUGGUGGUGGUGAAGCCGCAAGGGUUACAGCCCGAUCCGUCUUCGAGGUCAGCCGACGAGGCUACAGAGCCAAAAGCACAAGAGGGAGAGGAAAGGGAAGGGGGAAGAAGUUGUGAGGAAAAAACUGAACUUUAUCAUAAAUUGUCUUAGCAAUGGUAAUAUUAAUCACAGAACAUGUCACACACACUCUCACCACAAUGUCUGCGAUAUUAUAUUUGAUAUUUAGAAUGGAAAUGUGAAAUGUCAUUAAAAGUUAUGAAUUGAACAUUUUCUGUAUUAUAGAAUGUAUGUAUGUAUGUAUGUAUUUUGUAAAUUAUUUAUGUUAUUACGUGUUUAGAAAAUAAUUUGUGAGGGGAAUGACAAUAUGUUGUAUAAAAAUUUUGAUGCUGAAUUUUUUGGAAAUUGAAAUAUUUCCACAGUAGAUGUCA